AUGGUGGUGGAAAAAGUUUGCCGACGUAUUUUUAACUACAGGCAAAAAUAUGUUAUCAAAGGAGUCCAAAGUCUUUACCCGAAAGAAUUAGCCAAAAAUUUAGCUAAUGACUUAUUAAGACGAUGCAGAAUUGAUCCUACAACCACUGCAAUAUGUCUUGGAGUAGAACAGUUUGCUGACGUGUGCUAUGUUUAUGAGGAACACUGCCGAAAACAUCCUGGUGUAUUUCUGUAUGAACAUUCAAAUCAAGGUCGUACGCUAGAAGAACUUGCACGGCUUCCAAAUGCUGUACCACCACCAAAUCCUUUUGAUAAGGAAUUCCCGUCGGAAGGUGUAAAAUUCUCAGAUGCUACAGCAUUAUUUCAAGAAUAG